AUGGCUGUCAACAGAAUACGGGGCGCUUUUGCGCCUCCGAGGAAAGGCGAAACAUUUGAAUUGAGGGCCGGUCUGGUCUCGCAAUAUGCCUAUGAACGAAAAGAAGCCAUUCAGAAAACUAUCAUGUCCAUGACGCUUGGGAAAGACGUUUCUGCAUUGUUUCCGGACGUCUUGAAGAACAUUGCAACAGCAGACUUGGACCAGAAGAAGCUGGUGUAUCUAUAUCUCAUGAACUAUGCCAAAUCGCAUCCCGACCUUUGUAUUCUCGCUGUAAAUACAUUCGUACAAGACUCCGAGGAUCCAAAUCCUCUUAUCCGAGCAUUAGCAAUACGAACGAUGGGCUGUAUUCGGGUAGAAAAAAUGGUCGAUUACAUGGAGGAACCACUGCGAAAGACACUACGAGACGAAUCGCCCUAUGUUCGAAAAACAGCAGCACUUUGCGUGGCUAAACUCUUCGAUUUGGCGCCUACGAUGGCUAUGGAGAACGGCUUCUUGGAACAACUACAAGAACUGGUUGGUGAUCCGAAUCCAAUGGUAGUUGCGAACUCCGUCACUGCAUUGGUGGAGAUCCAGGAAACGGCGCCAGAGACAAAGGCACUCGUCAUCACCUCGACAACACUCAAGAAGAUGCUUUUGGCACUCAACGAAUGUACCGAAUGGGGACGAGUGACGCUCCUGACCACAUUGGCAGACUACAAGGCAGUCGAUGUCAAGGAAGCAGAGCACAUCUGCGAGCGAGUUGUUCCGCAGUUCCAGCACGUCAAUCCCAGUGUUGUGUUGGCUGCAGUCAAAGUGGUAUUUCUGCACAUGAGACACAUCUCACCGGAAAUGAAUAAGUCUUAUGCUAAGAAAAUGGCACCACCACUGGUCACACUUGUCUCAUCUGCGCCAGAGGUACAGUACGUUGCGCUCCGAAACAUCGAUCUCCUCCUCCAAAAACAAUCCGAUAUUCUCAGCAAAGAGAUGCGAGUAUUCUUCUGCAAAUACAAUGACCCGCCGUACCUCAAGAUGCAAAAGCUAGAAAUCAUGGUUCGGAUAGCAAACGACAAGAAUGUGGACCAGCUGCUUGCUGAGUUGAAAGAGUACGCUAUGGAGGUGGACAUGGACUUUGUGAGAAGAGCUGUGAAGGCGAUCGGGCAAGUUGCCAUCAAGAUUGAGAGUGCGAGCGAAAAGUGCGUGAACACACUUCUUGAUCUUAUCAACACCAAGGUCAAUUACGUCGUUCAGGAGGCGAUCGUAGUUAUCAAGGACAUUUUCCGGAAAUACCCAGGCUACGAAGGAAUAAUACCGACCCUGUGCCAGUGCAUAGACGAGUUGGACGAGCCAAAUGCGAGAGCGUCGCUAAUCUGGAUUGUGGGAGAAUAUGCAGAGAAGAUCAACAAUGCUGGAGAAAUCUUGUCGAACUUCGUUGACACAUUCGCGGAAGAGUUCACACAGACGCAACUUCAGAUCCUUACGGCAGUUGUCAAGCUGUUCCUGAAGAAGCCUGAUCAGGCUCAAGGCCUGGUAACCAAAGUCUUGCAAGCCGCAACUGCUGAUAACGAUAAUCCCGACAUUCGAGAUCGAGCUUAUGACAUCGUGCUCUCAGACAAGCCUCCCAUUACGUCAACAAUCCGAUCAUUACCGCCUCAGCUACUCGACACACUGCUCACAGAACUGUCUACCCUCGCGUCCGUCUACCACAAGCCCCCAGAGGCCUUCCUCGGACAAGGUCGUUUCGGCGCCGAAGCCAUGCAACGCGCUGCCAUCGAAGAACAACAAGAAGAGGCUAGAGAAAACCCCAUUGCUGCCGCCGCAGCCGCCGCAGCCGCCAGCGGCCAAGCGCCCACCAAUCUGGAAAACCUCCUGGACAUUGACUUUGACGGCUCUGCGCCCGCUUCCAUGCAAAAGCCACCACACGCGGGAGACACCGGCCUCGAAGGUCUCGCGGGCACCCCGCAGCGUGUUGCCUCGCCCGGUGCACCCGCACAGUCGCAGUCCAACAUGGAUGACUUGCUCGGCCUGUUUGGCGAUGGGGGCGGUGCAGCACCGCCGCCUGCGGGUGCGAGCCUGACCAAUGCUGACAUCAUGAAUGGGUUUGCGAGUCUGAGCGUGCAGGACAGCCAGCCUCCGCCUGCGAGCCAGCAGGUAGGCGGUGAGGCAAGCAAGAAGAGCAAUCAAGAUCUGCUCGAUUUAUUUUAG